AUGGCCAGUAAAAACAAAACUUCCGAUGGCCUUACUAAAGGUAAAACUACAGAGUCUCUGUGGGCGAAGGCAUUUACGAGUAAUGCUGAAUGGCCCGAUAAGGAGGAAUUUUUGGAUGUUAUUUAUUGGAUGAGACAGGCUAUGGGCAUUGUUCUAGGUCUUUGUUGGGGACUAUUACCUUUAAAGGGAUUUGUUGGAUUGUUAUUAUUUGUGGUUGUGAAUGCAGGUGUGAUAUAUCUUUAUGUAAGCAAUUAUCAGAAUAUUGAUGAGGAGGAAUAUGGUGGAAUGUGGGAGAUUACAAAGGAAGGCUUUAUGACAUCUUUUGCAGGUUUCUUGGUGACAUGGAUAAUUAUGUACACAGGCCUACAUAACAGUGACAAUUUA